AUGCAAGGCAUUGAUUCAUGGACGAUUACUAAGCCCCUGUGUCCACCAUCGCCAGCACGAUGCCACUAUGACGCUUCAGCCUAUGAUGAACAUUUCUAUACUGUUGAAGGUGUGAAGCUCACUAUUGCUUAUUCAGAAAGAUAUUUUAGCUUAAAAUGUCCGGACGGCAUCACCCUGGAGAGCGAGUCGUUGCCGCGCUUCGAGCGGCCGAUGCGCGUGCAGCGCGUCGAGGUGGACCGCUGCGCCCCUCCGAGCGGCUCCUACGCGGACGCGCUCGCUGCGCUCAACGUGAGCGCGCUCGACCUGCUGGCGCUGCAGCGGCCGUUGGCGCCGCUUCGCGCUGACCACUUCCGCGGCCUGGCGGUGGGCGCGCUCUUCGUCCGCGGCGACGGGCCGGUGCGCCUCGAGCGCGAUGCGUUGGCCCGGCUGGCGCUGCUCGACCUGCGCCUCGAGCGGGUGGCGCUCGAUGAGGCUGAGCUGCUGCGGCUGCCGCCGGGCCUGCGCCGCCUCGGCCUCGCCGGCGCCAACAUCACGGCGCUGCCCGCGGCGGCGCUGCGCCGGCUGCCCGCGCUCCGCCACCUGACGCUGCGCGAGAGCGCGCUCUCCGCUGCGCCCGAGCUGGAGGCGGCGCCGGCGCUCCGCGAGGUGACGCUCGUGGCGCCGCUGGACGCGCUGCCGCUGGCCGAUGGCGUCGAGAACGCGACGCUGUUCUCGGCGCGCGCGCUGCGGCGGCGCGGCGGUUGCGCGGCGCUGCGCCGGCUGGUGGUGCGCGGCGGCACCGCCACCGAGCUGCCGGCGGCGUGGCUGCGCGGCUGCGCCGAGCUGCGAUCUCUGUCCCUGAGCGCGCUGCGGCUGGCCGCGCUGCCGGCCGACCUGCUGCUGUCCGCGCCCGAGCUGACGCACCUCGCGGCCGGCGGCUGUGGCCUGGCCGAGCUGCCGCCCGACCUGCUGCGCGAGUCGCGCAAGCUGCUCGCGCUCGACCUCUCCGACAACCGCCUCGAGCGGCUGCCCCAGGGCCUGUUCGCGUCGGUGCGCGGCCUGCAGGAGCUCAACCUGUCCGGCAACCGGCUCGGCCGCCUCUCCGCCGCGCCGGUGUUCACGCUGCGCUCGCUGCGGCUGCUCGCGCUCGACGGCAACCCGCUCGGCGACCUCUGCGAGCCGGGGACCGACUCCGUCCACCUCCGUAACGCGCUCUCGCAGCUGUGGCAGAUGCGGGAGCUGAGCACGCUGCGGCUGGCGCGCACCAACGCCACGCGCCUCUGCACCGACUGGCGCCGCGACUUGCGCGCGCUGCGCCUCCUCGACCUCUCGCGCAACAACAUCUCCGAGCUCGAGGCGGCCGAGCUGCGCUGGCAGCGUGACGUCACUGCGCGCGUGCUGCUGCGCGGCAACCCGCUGCGCCGCGUGCUUCUCUCCCGCUCUGACUACGAGGCCGCGCUCGCCGCCCAACCGCCCGAACACAGCACCACGAUCGAGAUGGACUCGACGCUGCGCUGCGACUGCGGCCUGUACUGGGCGGCGCGGCUCGUGCAGGCGCGCGGCGGGCCGUUGCGGGGCGCGCGCUGCGAAGAUGGCCGCGAGCUGCGGGCGCUGCCGCCCGAGCGGCUGCGCUGCGCGCUGCGGCCGGACGAGUGCGGCGCGCCGCUCGCCUGCCGCUGCGAGGUGCGCGGCGCGGCGCUGGCGCUGCGCU